AUGGGAGUCAUCCAUACGCAGGAUUUCUCAGUGGUGAAGUCGUUGUUUGCUGCUUCACCUCAGACUUUAUUGGCCUUAGUCAUCGUCACUGUUAUCGCAGCGCCCGUUGUGUGGGUAUUGGUUGACUAUGUCCGCAUUCUCCGACUUCGCCGAAGGAUGCCUCCGGGCCCGUUCCCUCUACCGCUGGUAGGGAAUUUCUUUGCCAUCCCCAAGAUCAAGCCGUGGAUUGCAUGGGAGAAAUGGGCCGAGUAUUAUGGGAAUCCAAUGGUCACUAUCUGGAACGGACAUCGGCCUAUCAUCAUGUGCAAUGAUAUCUGGACAAUAUCGGACCUUCUAGACAAGCGCGCAAGCAUCUACUCCUCUCGAGCGAGAAUGGUUGUGAUGGGAGAUUGUCUAAAUCAAACUACCUCUAACCAGGUCUGUCAAGUCUACGGCGAUCAAUGGCGGUUGCAUCGGAGACUAAUGCAUACUAUCGUAGGAUCUCAAGCGGUUAGAAGUCACCGGAGUUUCCAGAGCAAUGAAUCAAAGAUCUUGGUUCGGGACCUCCUGGAGAAACCAAACGACUUCGUCAUGUCAAUUGAACGAUACUCAUGCUCUGUCGUGUCAAUUAUAGGCUGGGGUCGACGCAUCGACCGUAUGAAUGAUUACGUAGCUCAAUGUGCCCUUGGGUUCAUGGAAGGCGUAGACUACAUUAUUCCAGGCCUAUUCAUCAUGGAAGCAGUCCCAUUCCUUGCGACCCUGCCAGGCUGGAUCUAUCCCUUACCCUCUACGAUACUCAACAACGCGAAACGUUUUCAGCGCUAUUUUUACGCGUUGUGCAAAGAAGGUAGUGGCGUCCGCAAGGACAACUUUGCGAAGAAACUGCUUGACCAGCAGGAGAAGACAGGCUUGAGCAACGAAGAAGUCGCUUGUAUGACCGCCAAUCUCAUCGGAGGCGGGGUGGAUACUACCAGCAGUUCCAUGAUCAGCUUCAUCCUGGCGAUGUGCGUCUUCAAAGACACGCAGAAGAAAGCUCAGGAAGAACUCGAUCGCGUGGUGGGUAGAGAUCGCAGCCCGGACUGGUCGGAUGAAGCAUCACUUCCCUACGUCAAUGCUCUGGCGACUGAAGUUCUCCGCUGGCGAACAGUCACGAUUCUCGGUGGCAUUCCUCACGCGCCUAUUCAGGACGACGAGUACCGAGGCUACCUGAUCCCGAAAGACACAUCCAUCACAGGCAACGUAUGGGCUAUCCACCGUAACCCGCAAGAUUUCCCCGAGCCUGACACCUUCCGACCGGAGCGCUUUCUCAACGGCCUCGAACGGCCAUACCCCAACAAACAGGGCCACAACGCCUUCGGCUGGGGCCGUCGCGUGUGCCCUGGCCAGCCUCUCGCCGAGCAGGGUCUUUUCAUGACCAUUGCUCGUAUCCUCUGGGCCUACAACAUUGAACCAGGUUUAGAUGACAAUGGAAACGAGGUCCAACUCGACAUCUUCGCUUACACGAAGAGUGAAAACAUGCGGCCUGAGCCCUUCAAAGCACGAUUCACGCCACGCACGCCACGCAUAGCCGAGAUCAUCCUCGAAGACGCCCGGAUCGCUAGGGAUGAGUUGCGACCCUACGACGGCGAGUCCAAGUUGACGCUGGAGAGUGUUGGGUGA